AUGAUGGCUACAGCAUGUCUGCUGGCAACUGUCUACCCAGUCAAUGCUCUGAGUAUCUGGACCGAUGUUUUGUCUUGUGUGAACAAACUGGCAAACGACACCACGCCGUUAUCGCCCAGUUCUGGCAAUGUUAGCCAGACUUCUGACACGGAACCAGCCAUGGUGGAUUUUUCAAUGAUGAAAUUGUUUUCUGUUAUUUGUGGAAACAAGGACAUGUUUGUCACAUGCUUGGACACAAGUCUGAAGAAAAGCAACGACUCCAUGACACAAAUCAUUGGCUCAUUUUUUGACCCCGCCCUGGUAACCAAAGCUUACGUCGGGCUCUGUGCCAACAUAUCAGAGAUUGAACAGGCAGGAGUGGAUGCGCUGAGCUGUCUGUCAACCGUGAAAAUGACGUCUUGUCAGCUUGAGAUGGCCGAUUAUUUUUUCUACAUGGGCGUGGUCAAGCAGUUUGCUCCGCCCUCCGAGCAGCUGUCCAGCAAAACUAUGGAAACACUUCUGUGCAGCAUGACCUUCAAAAGACGCAGAUGUGAGGUGUUGGCGCUGCAAAAAUGUAACGAAAACCUGGCAAAUGUCAUGGAAGAGUUUUACCGGCAAACACAACCAACAUCAUGUGCCGCGCUGGAGAAAGAUAUUGAGCAAAUCACUGACAAUCACAUUUAA